UUUAUUUUUCUUUUCGGUUUUCUUAAACGAUUAGGCAAAAUGAAGUUGUUUUUUACGCUUCAAUUUCGUGAAUGCAGAGAAGUUUUGCGCUAAAUAGAUAAACCUCAUAAAAGCCAACAGAUUAGUACUACUUCUUUACCAAGAAAAUUUUCAUCUUUCAACCCCACUGUAAUUUCCUACUACUAGUACUACUACUACUACUACUACUACUUCAAUUCCCAACUGUUCGAUUCUGAAACUGAAUUUUUCCUCCUCCGAUCAAUUGAUGUGCUUUGUUUGCGUUAGAUUAUAGGAAAGAACAUAAUUUACCCCAAUGGGGAACGUUACUUCCACUCCGGGCCGGCCCGAACCUCCACCACCGCCACCGCCACUACCCGCCUCACAACCGCCGCCAUCAGCGGCAGAGCCACUAGAGCUGCCACCACCGGGCCAGAAUUUUACCUGCGAAAUCUGCAUAGAGCCAAUCGAGAUAGCAACACAGACGUUCAGAACCCAAAAUCCCAGGUGCCGAACUCAUUAUUUCUGUAACGACUGCAUGAUCAAGUACAUCAAAGCCAAGCUGGAGGACAGCGUGCCCAGAAUACCUUGUCCGGCUUUGAAUUGCUCUGAAUUUCUCGACCCGGAAGAGUACUGGGUUCUGGUGGGUGACCCGCUGUUCGUCCGGUGGUGUGACGGGCUCUGUGAAUCGGCGAUUAUGGGAAUGGACCGGUGUUAUUGCCCUAAUGUGAACUGUUCGUCUUUGAUUGUGAAUGAGUGCGGAGGGACUGUGAAGAAGGCAACUUGUCCCAAUUGCAAGAGAUCAUUUUGCUUUCGGUGCAAAAUUCCAUGGCAUUCUGGGUUCAGGUGUGAAGAGACUGGCGAGUUGAGGGAUCAAAACGACCGUGCAUUUGGGGUUCUUGCAGAGCAGAGGAAGUGGAAGAGAUGCCCUCGAUGUCAUCAUUUUGUUGAGCUCAUUGCAGGCUGCAGAAUUGUUAAAUGCAGAUGCCAUGCCUCAUUUUGCUACAGCUGUGGAAGACUAGUCCAGCAUGGGUGUGAUUGCGGGGGACGCUGCCAACGUAUCUUUAACUGUUUGCUUUACAUCGUGUUGGGCUUUAAUCUGUUAUUAUUCUUCUUGUAUUUUAUGUGCCAAUAUUGACAUGUAUAAUAACUUUCAGCGGGAAAUUGCUAGUUGGUCUGGAUAUUUCAGUUCUUUUUCUUCCCCCUCUUUCCCUAAGCUUCUUAAUCUGGUAUUUGUUGGUAUGGAUGUAUGAAUCCUGCUAGCUGAUCCUUUAAGUUACAGAUAACCGAAUGCGUAAAGUGAGGCCUGGAAAGCCUUUCAUAUUCUCAUGAACAUAUAACUUUCAUACUGGGCUAAGAUAAGUGAAACUUCGCUUAAGUUUCUGUUCUUUGUGACGUUUUAAACAUAUUUUGCUCUGCAAUUACUAGCAAGUUCAUUAUUCAGUUGUUUGGGUUUGAUUAUCCCCGAUGUAUAUAUAGAAUGGCAAUGUAUAACUCUGCAAAGUAGUAAGCUGAUUUCCCCCUUUCUUUUCAAACAUUUGGAAUGUAGAUGCCUUACCUCAUUUUGCUACAACUGUGGAAGACAAGUCCAUCAACACUGGUGCAACUGCGAUGGCCUGAGUAGGAGGCGUUUCUUUUGUAUCAUACUCUUUGUUUUAGUCAUCCAAUUCUCCCUUUACCUGUGUUUCAUCAUCUUCUCUGCUACAUUUCCAGCUCGAGAUGUAUAAUCUUACAUAUAAUUUGAUCAGAACAUUUCUGUUUUAUAUUCUUCAUCUGGAUCUGUACAUAUGAAACUUAAUGAAACCUCCAACAAAUCUCUCCACCUGUUUCUAAUUUUCGUGAUAACCAAAUGAUAUUUGAGGUGUGGAAACGGGAAGUUGGUUCACAGUCACACUAGCUACAGCCUCGUAGUAUACUUGGUUAGGCUAUGUGAAAUGUCCCCAAGAUUCAGUUCUUUGGUAUUCUAAAAUGCAUUGCAAUUGCUAGCU